AAAGCGACAGAGCCCCACCAUGCAUCCUGGCUAAAUGAAUGUGCAGAAAAUCUGAAUGCCUUCAAGAAACAGUAGCUCUUUUUCAAGCUGCCAAAUAAUGGGCAUACCAUUUUUUUACGAUAAGUGCAAGAAUGUUAAUUUCGAUUUUCCAAAAAUCUUCUUAACUGUUGUAUUUGUGGCUGUUUUUAUAUUUGGACUUCUUGGUAACUGCUGGGGUCUAAAAUCUAUUUUGAGAAACUGGAAGAAGCUGGGAAACAUUAGAAUAUUUGCUUUAAACUUGUGCAUUGCUGACAUUUUGUACUUGCUGACUUUGCCCUUUCUGGUGACUUAUCAAGCUCAGAAACAAAACUGGAUCUUUGGACAGCCUUUCUGCAAGAUAACAAGAUUCCUGUUCAAUGUCAAUCUCUACGGGAGCAUUGGAUUUCUCACAUGCAUCAGCGUAUACAGGUAUCUGGGCAUAGUGCACACUCUGAGAGGGAGAGGCAGGAUAAAAGUACACCACUCCAUAGGAAUAUCUGCAUUGGUCUGGACUGUAGUGCUGCUUCAAUGCCUGCCUGAUGUGUUUUUUGACAAAACAGUGAAGAAUAGAACAAAAUGCUACGACUCGACUACAGACAACAGCACUGAGGCUUACUUGAGGUACAGCAUUACACAGACAGUGAUUGGAUUUGCAAUCCCUUUGGUGAUCAUCGUGUGCUGCUACGGCCACAUGGCUGUGAGUCUAGCCACUAAGAAAGGCAUCGGCGAUGCCAAGCUGAAGCUGAAGUGCCUCAGGCUGGUGGUGAUCCUGGCCGUGCUCUUUUCCAUAUGCUUUAUCCCCAUCCACAUCUUCAGAAAUCUCAACCUGAUGACUCGCAUCUCAAAAAUAAAUAAUGUCUGUAAGCCAUGGUUCUCCAGCAUCUACAUUGCGAAACAGAUAAGUGAUGGGCUUGCGUGUCUGAACAGUGCCAUUAACCCACUAGUAUAUCUGUUGAACAGUGACCAACUGCUGAAGCAGUGUCUGAAAUUCAAACGAAAAGGACGACAAACAGAGAAAAGAAGUCAGGUUACUUAUGCAAUGUGAGUGUUAACUAUAAUCAGGUUCAUGGAAUAUUUAUGGAGCUUUUUCUCGAAAUCUUGCCUCAAUUUUGCUUUGUGUGUGAUUUUUUUUUCUGUGUAAGAUAUGGUGAAUAAUGAAAAACUCGCAUGAUAACUGACUAAAUAACUUUUUAAAAUAAAAACUUUCUAUAAAAAUAUAUUAUUCAAACUAAUCAAAAAUAAGUGUCAUUUGUACUAAUAAAGCAAUGUGUGCUUGCCCGAUUUCUGCAUCUAUGGACAUUUGUAUUGCUAUAAUAAAUGUUUUGAAUUUUUCAAUUCUGGAACAUAUUUCCUUUAGUUUGCAAUGCUUGUCCUUAUUAAAUAUAUUUCCUGCAAACCAACACGCGUGAGUACUUGUGAGUUUAUACAUGAACAACAGCAACAUUAAGUAUGUGGCAAAUGAUGUUGCUUAAUGUAUUAGGUAAAAUGUAGGAGGUCUAAUAAAUAAUAAAUCAUUAUUUAAUAAUUAUAUCUAAUGUGCUGUAUGCAACUGCAUACACAAACCUUAUUGGGGGGCAUUUUGAAGGGCAGUGUGCCGAAGCAGGAACGAGCGCACAAGUGAGAAAUGGGUUAAUAGUUUAAUUCAUAUUCUUUCUUAAAGAACUUGUUUCAUUUAUUUGACCCCUACAUGGUAAUUAAGGCUAAAUUUACUCUUGACAAGCUUUAAUAAUAGUCAGUUCUAUUGAUUAUUUGAUUUCUCACAGCACUGAUUACUUCAUUUAUACAAACCUAUUCAUUGUUUUGCCCAUACUCUGUGAUAUAAUGUUUCAUUGGUCAAUAAAACCUGUUUGUUGCAUUUA